AUGGCCUUUGUAUCACCAAUCUUCUUCUAGCUCCCAAUUUUUUUUAAAAAAUACACCUUUCCAUAUUAAUCUUCUUUUUAUUUCUCAUUUCUCAUUGGGUCCAAUUUUGUGGCUAAAAAAUAAAAUUUGAAUAUUUGCAAAAAUGUCACUUCCUGCGACACAAAAUGAUGCAAAAGCUCUCCCUGAUGCUUGGGAUUACAAAGGGAGGCCAUCUCUUAGGUCCUCCUCUGGUGGUUGGGCAAGUGGUGCAAUGAUUUUAGGUGUUGAAGCUGUGGAGAGGCUAACCACACUAGGUAUUGCUGUAAACUUGGUGACUUAUUUGACUGGAACUAUGCAUUUAGGCAAUGCUACUGCAGCCAACAAUGUCACCAAUUUUCUUGGAACUUCUUUCAUGCUUACUUUGCUUGGUGGAUUCAUUGCUGACACUUUCCUUGGAAGGUAUCUUACGAUUGGAAUAUUUGCAACAGUUCAAGCAAUAGGUGUCACAAUCUUGACCAUUUCCACCAUAAUCCCAAGUUUGCGACCACCAAAAUGUGAACAAGGCAGCUCAUCAUGCAUCCCGGCUAACGGCAAACAACUCAUGGUCUUAUACAUCGCCCUAUACAUGACCGCCCUCGGAACGGGCGGUCUAAAAUCGAGUGUUUCGGGAUUCGGGACCGACCAAUUCGAUGAUACGAACGAAAAAGAAAAAGGACAAAUGAUAAAAUUCUUCGAUUGGUUUUUUUUCUUCAUAAAUGUUGGUUCACUAGGUGCAGUCACAAUACUUGUUUACGUGCAAGAUAAUUUGGGAAGGGAAUGGGGUUAUGGAAUUUGUGCAUGUGCAAUUGUGAUUGCACUUGUGUUAUUUUUAUUUGGUACAAGAAAAUAUAGGUUUAAGAAACUUGUUGGAAGUCCAUUAACACAAAUUGCAUCAGUAUUUGUGGCAGCUUGGAAAAAUAGGCAUUUGGAAUUGCCUUCAGAUUCUUCACUUCUUUAUGAAAUUGAUGACAAUGUUUUUGGUGAAGGUCACAAAAAAAGAAAGCAAAAAUUGCCUCAUAGCAAGGAAUUCAAAUUCUUGGACAAGGCAGCCAUUAAGCAAGAUGGUCUUGAAAGUAAUGUAGUGAACAAGUGGAAAUUGUCAACAUUAACAGAUGUUGAAGAAGUAAAAUUGUUAUUCAGAAUGUUGCCAAUUUGGGCCACAACAAUUAUGUUUUGGACUUCCUAUGCCCAAUCGACAACAUUAUGUGUGGCACAAGCAACCACUAUGGACCGUCGCAUAGGUAAAUCGUUCCAAAUCCCGCCCGCCUCUCUCACCGCGUUCUUUGUCGGAAGCAUCCUCUUGACCGUAAUUUUCUACGAUCGAGCCAUCGUUCCGAUUUGUCGACUCGUCGCUAACAAAAGCCAUGGGCUCACCCCAUUGCAAAGAAUUUUCAUAGGGUUAAUCCUUUCGAUUUUAGCCAUGAUUGCAUCUGCCUUAACUGAGGUUAAAAGAUUAAAGGUUGCCCACUUAAAUGGGCUAACAAAUGAUCCAAAUGCCACAGUUCCAUUAAGUGUAUUUUGGCUAAUUCCACAAUUCUUGCUAAUUGGGUCAGGUGAAGCCUUUACAUACAUUGGCCAAUUGGAUUUUUUCUUAAGAGAAUGUCCAAAAGGGAUGAAAACUAUGAGUACUGGCCUAUUUUUGAGUACCCUUGCAUUAGGGUUUUUCUUUAGUUCAAUUUUGGUUACGAUUGUACAUAUGGUCACUGGCACAACACAUCCAUGGAUAGCUGAUAAUUUGAACCAAGGGAAGCUACAUGAUUUUUAUUGGCUAUUGGCAAUAUUGUGUGUAUUGAACUUGAUGAUUUUCUUGUAUACGUCGAGAACGUACAUAUACAAGGAAAAGAGGCUUGCAGAAAUGGGAAUCGAAUUGGAAGACUCUGGACCAGUUUGCCACUAAAAUAGUGUCACUAUUAGAAAAAUGUGAAUUUCAACGACCUUUUCGUCUAAAGAUCGUCGGAAAACAUUUUUUUCCUAGUGGAUCCAUAAAAAUAAAAAUAAAAACACUUUCUUCCUCUCUUUUUUUUCCCUCCUUUUUUGGACUUUAUUAACUUUUGGUUUCUUUGAUUGAGCUUGAACAACUCUUUUUUUGGGAGAGUUAUGUAAUAUAACAACCUUGUUUUAUAUGUACAAAAAAUGGGAAAGAGCUUAGGUAAUGAAAAAUUAUAGAGCUCUUUUCCAAUGUU